AUGGAUGCACAGCACUGCAAAAUGAAUGGUGACCCUUUCCAGGAAUCUAUGUACAUUGAAGAGUCCUCAAAUAAAAAUGGUGUGAUUUCUUUGAUUUUCUCUCUGAAAGAAGAAGUUGGGGCAUUGGCUAAAGUUUUGCGCACAUUUGAGGAAAAAGGAAUAAACCUGACCCACAUUGAGUCCCGACCUUCCCGGCUCAACAAAGAUGAGUAUGAAUUCUUCAUUAACUUGGAAGGCAAGAAUGUCCCAGCACUGGACAAGAUCAUCAAGUCCUUGAGAAAUGAUAUUGGAGCAACAGUCCAUGAGCUUUCACGAACAAAGAAGAAGGACACUGUGCCAUGGUUCCCAAGAAGCAUCCAAGAGCUGGACAGGUUUGCCAAUCAGAUCCUAAGCUAUGGAGCAGAAUUGGAUGCUGAUCAUCCUGGGUUCAAAGAUCCUGUGUACCGGGCCCGGAGGAAGGAGUUUGCAGAUAUCGCCUACAAUUACAAACAUGGCCAGCCUAUUCCUCAAGUAACCUACACAGAAGAAGAAAGAAAAACUUGGGGCACCGUCUUCAGGGAGCUGAAGAAUCUCUAUCCAACUCAUGCUUGUUAUGAACACAAUCACGUGUUCCCGCUGCUGGAGAAGUACUGUGGCUACCGGGAGGACAACAUUCCCCAGCUUGAAGAUGUUUCAAAAUUCUUGCAGACCUGCACUGGAUUUCGCCUGCGUCCUGUUGCAGGCUUGCUGUCCUCUAGGGAUUUCUUGGCUGGGCUGGCAUUCCGAGUAUUCCACUCUACACAGUAUAUUCGCCAUGCAUCCAAACCUAUGUACACACCAGAGCCUGAUAUUUGUCAUGAGCUGCUAGGACAUGUGCCUCUUUUUGCUGAUCCCAGUUUUGCUCAGUUUUCGCAGGAAAUUGGACUGGCAUCUCUGGGAGCUCCGGAUGAUUUCAUCGAGAAACUUGCUACGGUUUAUUGGUUUACAGUGGAGUUUGGACUAUGCAAGGAAGGUGACUCACUCAAGGCAUACGGUGCAGGGUUGCUGUCUUCAUUUGGGGAGCUGCAGUAUUGUUUGUCAAGUAAGCCUGAGAUUCAGCCUCUUGUCCUGGAGAAGACUGCUGUGCAGAAGUACCGUGUUACUGAGUUCCAGCCUACUUACUAUGUUGCUGAAAGUUUUAAAGAUGCAAAAGAAAAGCUAAGGAAAUUUGCUCAAACAAUCCCUCGUCCUUUCUCUGUUCGGUACAAUCCCUACACCCAGAGGAUUGAAGUCUUGGACAAUGCAAAGCAGCUGAAGAAUUUAGCUGACACUAUCAAUAGUGAGAUGGGGAUCCUUUGCAAUGCCCUCCAGAAGAUAAAAUGAAGAUUUGAUGUAACAUACCAAUCAUUGGCUACAUGUAACAUACCAAUCAUUGGCUACUGACUAGAAGUGCCAUGUGAAAAUGCCAGUCUUCAUCUAGCCUUUGUCUAUUAUCUUCCUGUGUACUGCAUGAAUGCCUAUGAUAUAUAUAUUAAUUACUAUAGAUUAGCAGAGAA